GACACGUAGGACCCUGCGAUCCAUGACCUGGUUUCGGCUGCUCGAAGCCCCAGAAUUGGCGAAAUGCCUGGACACGAUCCUUCUUGCCUCCUAUCGAUCGUCAAUGAUCAUCAACAAGGGCGUUCUGUGCUGACUGCAGGCAUUUAAAUGCGAAUAGUAAGCAUAUCCCUUGCACUUCCAUCUCUUCCAUCUUGUGAAGUACUUUUACUGCCGAGGGAGGUGGCCGCACGACAUUGCACAUGCAGCCAAUCGUUGGCCGCAACUGGCUUGGUGUACGGAGGCGGUGCGUGGCACUGUGGGGCUUUGGCGACCUCUGGACGCUGGGUUUUAGGCGGGCGACGGCCUGUCCUCGGCCGGAAUACGAAAUCGACAAGCACUGUGUGUACUCCGUAGUGCGC